GAGCUACACACUAUGAGUGAUAGUGAUGGAGAUGACUUUAUUCUCAAUGAGGAACCUCAUGUUACGGCGGAGGAACAUAGUAGCAGUGGGCGCAGAACUAGCGACGGGAAAAAAAUAGUUGAUUUUGAUAAAAAUGGUCAGCCAGUUGGUGCGUGGGCGGAGAAGUUCAAAUCUUUUGUGGGCAAGAUAGUACGUGCUCGGGUAAACAUCAACAUUGAAAGUUGGAAACAUGUCCCCGAAUCCCUAAAAUUGCAGAUGUGGAAAGAGAUCCAGGAUGAGUAUUUUGUUGAUGACACCAUGUACAAGUUGACCAUAAAAAAGAUGGGAAAGUUACAUCGGGACUUUAGAAACCGAUUGAGGACUGGCUUUUUUUAUAAGACACGACCAAUUGGACAGGAUAGUGGUGAAGCUUAUGUGAAGUAUAAAGGCAUUUUGACACAAGAUGUGUGGGAGGAUUUUAUCGCUAGGAGCAUGACUCCGGAGUUUCAGGAAUUAAGUGAUAAAAACAAACAAGCUGCGUUACUGAAUAUUUACCCUCACCAUAUGGGUCGCUCCGGAUAUGCACUUUCCAUACCGAAAUGGAAAGAUCAAGGAUUACUAGAUCAGUUUUUGACUAAGUCUGAAGUGGAUUCCACAAAAUCUAGCGUAUCUUCUGAUGACAUUCCGAGACAUGUGAGUUG